GAGGGCGGUAACGUCGCGCGCAUGAUCGGCCGGUUAAGAAGACGCCGGUUUGGAAGUUUAGACGGAGUGAGCGAUGCGGUCCCGUUAAACCCGGAGCCGUUAAAACGAGAGAGAGAGUACCGAUCGAGUCUGCGGCGGGUUGUUCGAGUCCGGCGCGAUCAGACUGAAACGUUUGUCCGACCAUGGUUCAGCAGACGGAACAUGGCGGGGCGGGGAUUAACGGCGGGUCCCGCGAGGCGACCGACCCGGAGGAGAGCGAGCUGCUGGCGGGCUCCGCGUGCAGCCCCGUGCCGCUGAAGGCGGACUGGUGUAAGACCGCGUCGGGUCACAUCAAACGACCCAUGAACGCCUUCAUGGUGUGGUCCAAAAUCGAGAGGAGGAAGAUCAUGGAGCAGUCACCGGACAUGCACAACGCGGAGAUCUCCAAACGGCUCGGCAAGCGGUGGAAAAUGUUAAAAGACACCGAAAAGACCCCGUUCAUCCGGGAGGCGGAGCGGCUCCGGCUGAAGCACAUGGCCGACUACCCGGACUACAAGUACCGGCCCAAGAAGAAGCCCAAGACGGACGGUUGUGCGGUGCCUGCGGGGAAGCCAGCCGCUCAGUCCCCGGAGAAGACUGUCGUCAGACCCGCUAACAAGAACCACGCCGCCGCCAAGAAAUUCUCCAAGUUGAAACCCAGCAAGCCGGUAGUCGGUCCGGGCCGAGCCAGCACCCACCUCCCGCAGCACCAGCAGCACCCGGACCCCCGGUACCGGUACGUGUUGACCACCAGCUUUAAACCCAGCAAGCUCGUUAAACGGGAAUUUACCGACGACGAGGAGGAGGAGGAGGAGGAGGACGACGAGGAUGAAGACGACUCCGAGGAGGAGCCGGAGUUUAAACCGGAGGAGGACGACGAGCCGUUCCGGUACAGUCUCGCCAAGAUGCCGGCCAGCCGGAGUCCGAGCUCCGCCGCCGCCGAGCCGGAGGGAACCAGCGUGUACGAGCCGUCCGGUCGGCGCUUCUACAGCUUCAAGAACAUCACCCGGCAGGGCACCGGCACCCCCUCCUACCCGGCCUCCCUCUCCCCCGCGUCCUCGUCCCGGUCCGGCUCCACCUCCUCCUCCUCCUGCUGCGGGGAGGACCUGGACGAUCUCCCCGCGGAGGGGACCGACUUCACCCUGAGCCUCCUGGCCGGCUUCCACGCCUCCUCCGAGCCGUGGGGCUCAGCAUCCAGCUCGGCCCCGGGGAACCUGAGCCUGUCCCUGGUGGAUAAAGACCUGGACUCGUGCAGCAGCGAGGGCAGCCUCGGGUCCCACUUCGACUUCCCGGAUUACUGCACCCCGGAGCUCAGCGAGAUGAUCGCCGGGAACUGGCUGGAGGCCAACUUCUCCGACCUGGUGUUCACUUAUUGAUCCCGCAGAGGGUUCAUCAAUACCACACCCGGCCGGGGAGCGGGAUUAUUGUUUUCCAUCCGCCUCACCUGCCCCGGAGCCGGUUCUGGAGGACUGGUUCUGGAGCUCCGGAGCCAGUCAGGGACCGGGGUGACAGGGCUGCUGCUGCCCGGAGCGGAUGGAUCCCGGACCGGACACACAAUGCGGUAAAAAGACCGAAAUGAAAUCACCUCAACAGGGUUUUAUGGAUUUAGUUUUCUGUUGCUCGGGUCUGAAACAGGACCCGAACUAUGCAUUCCCGUCCAGACCCCCAGACUGACUGACGACACUAAGAAUCAGGAUGCAGAACCGGUUCGGUUCUGGUCCCGCCCGACACCAGGACUACAACUGCAGGACUGUUUUAUGUGACACGUUGAUCCUCUUGUUUUAUUUCCAGCCCCCCCCCCCUCCAGGUGUGUGUGUGAGGGGGGCGGGGGGGGCACAGGUAUGGCAGCAGACAUGUUUUGAUAUUUACAUAACCAAACAUACCUCAUCUUUUUUUAAAAGAAGUAAAACUAUUUUCAGGCAUAUUUUUGUACAGUCAAAGGGAAUGUCACAGGUUCUUCAGGCACUUCUUCUUCUUCUUCUUCUUCUUCUUCUUCUUCUUCUGCCACUUUUCAUUCUGACUGAUGAAUAUUAUUAUUAUUAUUAUUAUUGUUAUUAUUUGUGACUGAGCAUGUGAGGGUUCAGAUCCCAGCCUGCCUUGCUUCAGCGCCUCGCUGUUGUUUUAACCCAGAGUGCAGACAGGAAGCGGCCUGAGGGGGCCCGGCCCCGGCCUGAGGGGGCCCCGGCCCCGGCCUGAGGGGGCCCGGCCCCGGAGCCAGGACUGUACAUGUCGUGUAAAAUAGUGAAAGUUUAGGACUUUAUGUAUAUUGGUGUGAAUGAGUCCCUGAUAGCAGGAGAGAAACUGGAUUUUCUGUUACUUUUUUUUAUAUAUAUAUAUCAUCAACGGCACAUAUUUAGUUUUUGCUCAUUAUUUUUGUGCAAUAUAAAAGAAAAGAGGAAAAAAUAAAAUAAAGGACCAUCCCGAGUUUUUUUUUUUUUUUUUUUUUUUGUAGCAGAAGGGAAACUGCGUUAACUUGUCCUUCAUGAUGAAGUCUGUGUGUCAACAACUGAAUAAAUCAGCUGGAACUGA